AUGAACAUACCCAAAGGUGAUGCUGGAGGAGAACUCGACCCACAUGGCGCAGAUGGAUUGGGUAACCCACACGGAGGCUUAGUAUUUGGCAAUAGCUUUGGGAAGUUACAACAAUAUCACGAAUGGACGAAUUUCAUGUCUUCCACCGAGUUCUGUGUUCGCGCAUGCAAAGACGGCCCCAACGCUGCUAAGAUCUGCAACCACAUUUACGAUAUAAUGGGUUGCGAGUGGAAUAUGCCUGGAAAUUACGCUCAAGGCGUCUUCGAGAACUGCAUGGGCGACUCGAGUCAACCGAUGGGAAUCUACGGCUCUUCCACGUUUCAUCAGGGUGACCCAUCUACCCCUCAGCCACACGCAGCUCCCAAAAGUAGCUCGUGUACAUCUGUAAGCUCGGUGGGGAAUGCCGGGAUCACGACAAGCUCCUUAUCAACUCUUACUACACCACCGGCCUCUUCCAGUACUUCUAGGAGUGGUCAGACCUCGGCAUCUCCUACUACAAGCACUGCCAACGGUGCAAGAAGACUGGCGAGCAGCGAUGCUCUGAUACUGGGAGGCACUAUGUUCGCUGCAGGAGCCUUUGUUCUUGGAUUAUGUAGUGUACUUUAA